GCGAAUUUUUGGUUGAUUUUGAACAAUUUAUCUAUUUUUCACACCAUUUAAUCGCAUAAUUCAAAAUUGCAAAUUUUGAUUUAAAUACUUUUUGAUUUUCUCUCAACAUUGACAAUUGUAUAAUUUUCUGGCAGUCACUUUGACAGCUCAUCGCAUUCAAAACAAACACAUUUGUCACAAUCACACCGCGAGGUUAGAUUGUUUUGCUGAAAUCGUCUAUUUUGUGUUCGCACAUUUGAAUCCAAUAAAAGCCGACGAAAAAUGUCAACAAGUGUUUUGCUAGCGUGUGAAUUGAAUGAGCAAAAGUUGCCACCAUUUGUAUUGAUCCAGGAGAACAGUGGAGCUGAUGCGUCAUUUCUGGUGGCCAGUUUGAUUGGAAAUUGCUUGAAAUACCAACAGAAUGGAGUCGUUUUGGUUUGUUUACAUCACAUCAGUCAACAUUACACAAGUGCAGCGGCCCGAUUGGGCUUCAACAUCAGUGUGGCGCGAGACAAAGGACGAUGCGUAAUCGCCGAACCGUUGACAGAUAUCGGCCAAAAUUUCCUCACAUCAACGUUUUUAUCGGAACCAAAAGCGGAAUUGUUGGAAUCUCUCUUGUUAAGUAUCAAAGCAGAUGCGGAGCAACAGUUGAAUGACAAAGGGAAUGUCACCAUAAUCAUCGAUAGCAUUAGCACUCUCGUCGAUUUGGGCUGCUCAAAGGAAUCGGUGCUCCAAUUUUGCCACAGACUCAUCAAUCUGGCCAAUGAUCGCAUUUCAAUCGUCCUGAAAAUCAACACAAGCAAUUUGUACGAGGAUUUUGUUAGCAGCCUAGAGGAUUACGCGAAUUCGGAUUAUCUCAUCACCAAAAUGAAAUCAGGAGAAUUCCAUGAGGUUGAUGGUAAAAUUAUUUAUAAAAAACGAUCCGAUUUUCGACACAUUUCUAAAACGAUUCUGUACAAAGUUGGCGAUAAAAAUAUUAAAAUCUUCCAACCCGGUGAAAUCGGGGUCAGAGCUUAAGAAGUGUUGUUUUUAUUGAAUAAAUACAAACAUGAUGUUGAUGAUAAAAUUUUA